AUGUCUAUUCGUCGAAAAGGACCAAGCAUUUCUCGUCACAGUCAAAUGAAUAUUGAAAAUCAUUAUCCUGAUACAGAACGUUUUGAAAGUCUAUUUCAAUCACCAAUAGCUGAGCUUAGCGCUUGGCUAUCAGAACAAGUACGAGACAAACUCAUUUCACUUAACACUGUCAAAGAAAAAUUUAAAAAAAUUAUUGAUGCUCACCAUCCAAAAAAAUUUGAUAACAUUAAGUUAAGGAAUGACUGGCUCCAGCGACAACUGCAACAACAUUCACCAGACUACUUUUGGUUUGGUACUAUUGCCAAAUGUCAUGGAACAUAUGUUGGUUUGAAUAAUAUCGAUUACCAUUUAAAAAAGCUUUUGUCAUCAUCACUUACGUCCACCUUGUCACAAUCAAGUCCCUCCCCUACUGUUGAUUACGACGAUGAUAUAAAUAACCAAAAGAAAAAUUUAUGCCAAACGUUAUUCACAACAAUAACUACAUUACGAGAACAUAUUCGUGAUAAUGUUCAUCUAGUUCGAAUCUUCAAUGAAGAACCUGAAAAAAUGAUCCAUUUAACAGCUAGUUCAUUUAAUAACCUUGUUCCAAUGCUGCUUCGGAAUUUCAUUGGCAUAUUAACAGCAAGUGAUCGAGGUUUUUUGAAAAUCAAGAGAGAAUAUAUGUAUUUCGAUAUGUUUGAUAUUGAUUUAUUUCGUAAUAGUCAUGAAUGGCUAAAAAAUAUUUCAAUUUGUUUUGAUAUUAUCAAUGUUCAAAAUGAUCGAAUUGUGACACCCAAGCAUAUUUUAUUAGCCAAUGAAGUCUACAGACACGCUCAUUCGUAUGAAUUAUUGACAGUAUCGAAUAGAUAUGGUGUUGUAUGUUCGCAUCAGAAUCUCUCUCGUCUUUAUCAUUCUAUUGGAAAGAAUGAUGAUACAUCCGCAUCUGCAAUACCUACAAAUGUACGUAACAAUUGUUUUAUGAUCGAAGUACAUGAUAAUUUCGAUAUGAAUAAAGAAACGUUAAGAGGUGAAGGAAGUUUACAUGUUGUUAAUCGAGUUAUUUUGCAAACUAGUGAAAAUGAUGGCAAACUUACCCAUUUUUCUUCUCCAAUGUCUUCAAAUACUGCACGUUCGUCAUCACAACUAUCUUCAAACAAUGUAAAUGUACAAAAAAAUAUAUUGUCGUCUUCAUCUUCUGCUAAUUCAGCUUUAAUUUUGUCUACUUUAACGAAUGCAAGUGAUAUAUCAGCUACAACAACAAAUCAUUUAAGCAAACCGACUAGUCUUUACAAGGAGUUUCAAUCCUCAAAUCAUGGUGUAUCUUUAUUUUGCUUUGAUCUAGUCAAAAGUUGGUUCAGUACAAAUUAUUUAAAUCCUUCUUUAUUAGUACCACGACAUUGUACACCUAUUCCAUUAAUAUCAGGCUUUUUUGCCUCUUAUUUGUCAUCAUCUUUACGUCCAGUACAUCAUGUAACAUUUCUUCCACCUAUGCAUGAUGAUCCAAAUAAAACUUCGACCACAUACGCAUGCAUGGAAUCAACAAAACAACGGUUAUUAGAUAGUGGCAUACAAGAAGUAGCGGUAAUUGUUGUUGAUGAAAAGAUUUACAGAAAUUGUAUUGAAGUAAAAGAAAAUAAUAAAUUACUUUUUAAUCGAGUAUUACCUUAUCCAGGUGAAUUUCAUUUAAUGAAAAACUAUAUGAUUGUCGUCUGGGGCAUAUUAGAAGGAUCUGGCAUUGAUACAGCAUUAGGUGAAUUAUACAAAGAAGCCAGCCUUCGAUCAAUUAUGAAUUGCUCUCAUUUUAAUAAAUCUUUACGUGCUAUGAAAUUGCUGCAUUCCGCUUUAGCCGCAUUAAUCAUUCAUGAGUUUCUUUCUAUUGUUCCACGUGAAAUCUUCAAUGAUAUUGAAGUUAUUAUGCAAUCCAUACCACUUGAUGUUUCUACUAAUACAUGUAAAAUUGCAUGGUUUGAAAAAGUUCAGCAAGUUGUGCAACAGCAUCAACUCAGUGUAAUGUUUAAUGAAUGGGUUUGUCCAUUAAUUGACAUGUACAUUGCUAUCCGAUCAGCUGAUUUCGAUAGUCGCAAUGCAGCAUUAAGUCGAAUGGCACCAUUGUUUUUCUCAACAAACCAUUUGAACUAUGCUCGAUUAUGUGCACGUCACCUUACCGAUCUUCGUUCAUGUUCCGAUGAAUUAUUCAAUGUGCUUGCCAAGGCGUUUGCAGUUCAACGAACAUCACGUCCUUUUUCUGCAAUACCGAUGGACCAGACAAUUGAAGUAACAAUCAAUAAAGCCGGUAAAGGUCAUGCAGGAAUUAGUGGUCGAUAUAAUAAAAAUAUGAUUGAUAUCUGGUGUAGAUCCUUUUCUUAUCGUUCAUUAUUAUCUACUCUUACAUUUGAAUUUGCUGAAUAUGAAACUGAUAACGACAAUAUAGAUGCUCAUAUUGAAUGUAGUCCUUCAAGACUUGAAUCAGAUCAGCAUGAUUUUGCUACAUUACUUAAUUUCUUCUACAAAGAACGUUUAUUUACAUGUGAAGAUGAAACUGUUACACAACUCUUUUUUGGACAACAAUUUCAAACAGAAAUUAUUGAUGAUAUUUUGGAUUAUGUUCGGCGUGGAAAAGUAGCUCUUGAAGAAUUUAUAAAGGAACGUUUUGUUUUGUGUUCAAUUCCAUCUCAAACUAGUAUGAACAAGAUGAAAUUACUGAAAUUACGUGACAAUGAUAGAUAUGAUCCACAAUCUGGCCUUGUUAAACGUACACCAAAGAAACUGUUACCAGAACAUAAAAUACCUACCGGUCAACAAUUUGAUCAUAUUUUACGAAGUGGUAAUCGUGCUGUUUUAGCAGCUGCUGUUGUCCAAUGUUGGCAGUUGCCAUCAGUACUCAAAUUAUUACCUAUACACAAGAAACUCGUUGUUGGUGGUCCAAAUGCAACUGCUUUCUAUCUUUCACAUGAUUUACCACCUGAAGAAGCACUUGAUUUGGAAAGUAAUCAUGACGAAGCCGAUACUCGUCUCAUCCUUCAUUUACAAGAUGCUGCAUUGACCAAUUAUAAAACAGUUAUUGUACGAUCUGCAGAUACUGAUGUUGUUUUUCUCAUGAUAUCAUAUGCCAAUACUAUCAAUUUAACAAAUCUUGUUGUUGAUGCAACUGUUCGUAGUGGUCAAGGGAAAUAUAUCAAUUGUACGAUGAUCCAUAAUGAUUUAAUCAACAAAUACAAAAUUUUUCCAGAACUUCUACUCGUUCUACAUGCGCUUACUGGAUGUGAUACCACUUCUUUUUUCCGAAAUAUAUCAAAAACAAAAUUUUUUGAAAAUUUUUUUGCUGAUCCUCGUCUAUACGAUGAUCUUGAAAAACUUUCUGUUUUUCCCAUGGUUCAAGAAGAUAUUAAAGUUGUCGAAAGAUUGAUCUUUAAUUGUAUUCAUCAUGCGGAACGGCGAUCAAUAAUAAUGAAUAAUUCAAAUCUCAUUUCGUAUAAUCUAUCAAAUAUUAACUCAUCGAUUGAUACAUCUUUUCUUUCAAUUGAUAAUAUACGAGCAGCUAUGGCUAUUAGUGCACUUCGAAAAGGCAACAAAUCCAUCGUCCUCACCCUUCCACCAUCAUCCGAUGCAUUGUUUCAUCACUGUCGUAGAGCAAGUAGACAAUAUCAAAUAUGGAGAAAUGCACAUAUAGCGAAUAUUCCUUAUCCUGAACUAUUUGGUUUUGAAAAUAUCAAUAAUGAUAUUAAAAUUAAAUGGACAACAAAAAACCCUUUACCUGAAGAUAAUUUUCUUUUCCAUUCGUGCAAAUGUAAAGGUAGUUGUGAGAAGAUUUGCAAAUGUGGAAAAUAUUCACAACCAUGCACUUUAUACUGUUCCUGUGAUGCAACAAAGUGUUGUAAUCGAUCAUCAAUUUCUCAACAUCUAUCAAUUGGUCAUGCUCAAUCUUCAUCAAUUGUAUCUAUGCAUAUGGAUAAUAUGUUACAUGAUCAUAACCAUUUACAUAAAACCAAUGAAAGCAUCGAUUAUGAUCAAUCAUCUUUUGAUUCUGGUGAAGAUAAUUAUGCUGAUAGUUCAGAUUCUGAAGAGGUAAAAAGAAAAAAUGAAUCUCUUAUUUACUUUUUUUUUCAGGAUAUAAUUCUUCCACCUGACAAUCAAUCUUCAACUAGCUCAUGCAAUAAAAUUGAUUUAAAACGUAAAGAUUCUUUUAUAUCUGAAUCAAUGUCAUUAUCGCUGGUACAGUUUUUCAGAUUUCAUUUUUCUUAUUUUAUUCAUCGAAGUUUUAUUUUAGAAAAAGACGAAAUCAUAUGAUCAUGUUCUUUCAUUCGAUUGACGUACCAAUAUUCAUUUAAGAAUAUAUAUUUUUUAUUAGGAUUUUAUCUUGUCAUUUUUCUAUUAACAUAUAUGUACACUUAUAUUUUUCUAUUGAUAUUUUAUUUCUGUUUUUUUUAACUAUUAUUUGUAUUUUUUCUCUUGAUAAUGAUAAAAUAAAACAUUUCCUUAAAAAAUAUACAAAAUUCAAAAUGGCUAAAGAUUGAGGAAAAAGUUUAGUACAACAGCAAUAUGUCAAAUUUUGAGAGUCAAAUAAUAACAAAUCAAUGAUGAAGCCAUUUUUGUGAUGUUUCUAUAUCAAUCCCCUACAAUGGUGUAUUAUCCAGUAGCGUCCUCUAUAGUUUUCUAAAAAUGGCCAGCGAGAUAUUUAACAGAAAUACUGUACAAAUUACGCUGAUUCUAAAUAUAUAUAAAUCUUAAUAUUUGACCCGGUUAUAAAAAAAUCAUUAUACAGUGCAUUUAUAAAUGACCACUAAAAAAUAAGCGUCUUCGAUGCAUCAGUCAGUUGAUCA